ACACGCGCACACAGACCUCUCCGGAUUUCUUUUCCUUGAGUCUCCCGGGGGCUGUGAGGAGCCAGGCGCAUCUCAAAGCGAGCUGGAGGCUCCAGGCUCUGAAGCCAUGCCCUGCACGAACCCUUGUCCUUACCAAGCUGCUGAGGAAUGAAAGGAAGCCAGGGACCCUCCGAAGGCAGCAGUGAUGUGGACCAACCCCCUGGAGCCAGCACCCUCCCGAGGGCCAUAGACGACCCAGGGAACUGGAGAGAGCUCAAGACAGGAAACCCCAGCUUUCCUAAAGUCCCCGUGGAUGCUGACAAAAGGAGAUCUGAAUUGUGGGGAGAGCCUGUCCUAGGUUACACAGCUGCAGAGUGAUUUUUUCUCCUCCGGCACUGAAUCUCCCCCCACCCCACCUCCAACCCCCAGACGUCCAGAGUACCAUGAAGAAUUAUGAGGAUGUGUGACAGAGGUAUCCAGAUGUUGAUCACCACCGUGGGAGCCUUCGCAGCUUUUAGUUUAAUGACCAUUGCAGUGGGCACGGACUACUGGUUAUAUUCCAGAGGCGUGUGCAGGACUAAAUCUACAAGUGAUAAUGAAACCAGCAGGAAGAAUGAAGAAGUAAUGACCCAUUCGGGGCUGUGGAGGACCUGCUGCUUAGAAGGGGCUUUCCGAGGAGUGUGCAAGAAAAUCGACCACUUCCCUGAAGAUGCAGACUACGAACAGGAUACAGCGGAGUACCUCCUACGGGCUGUGAGGGCCUCCAGCGUCUUCCCCAUCCUCAGCGUCACCCUGCUGUUCUUCGGGGGGCUCUGCGUGGCGGCCAGCGAGUUCCACCGCAGCCGGCACAAUGUCAUCCUGAGUGCUGGCAUCUUCUUUGUGUCUGCAGGCUUAAGCAACAUCAUUGGCAUCAUCGUUUAUAUAUCAGCCAACGCCGGAGACCCCGGGCAGCGUGACUCCAAGAAAAGCUACUCUUACGGCUGGUCCUUUUACUUCGGCGCCUUCUCCUUCAUCAUCGCCGAGAUCGUGGGCGUGGUGGCCGUGCACAUCUACAUCGAGAAACACCAGCAGCUGCGCGCCAAAUCGCACUCGGAGCUCCUCAAGAAGUCCACCUUCGCCCGCCUCCCGCCCUACAGGUACAGGUUCCGGAGGAGGUCCAGCUCCCGCUCCACCGAGCCGCGGUCCCGAGACCUGUCCCCCAUCAGCAAAGGCUUCCACACCAUCCCCUCCACCGACAUCUCCAUGUUCACCCUGUCCCGGGACCCCUCCAAGAUCACCAUGGGGACCCUCCUCAACUCGGACCGGGACCACGCUUUUCUACAGUUCCACAAUUCCACGCCCAAAGAGUUCAAAGAGUCGCUGCACAACAACCCGGCCAACAGGCGCACCACGCCCGUGUGAGCGGACGCGGCUGGCCCUGACCGCUGGCCGCGCGCAGCACCGCCUGCGGGGGGCGCAGUGUCCACAGACGUCUCCAAGGUUGCAUGGCAUGGUCCUCGUGAUGGUUCUUACUUCUCACAAAGAAAUGAAGACCAAAUGGACUCCGCCCUGUCCCACGGGGGUCCUCCCACCCCAUCCCCACAGGACCCCCACCUUUCCAUUCCCAACCUCCCCAACCGGAUCCCUUCCUGUCGUCCCUCCCUCCCUCCCCUCUGUGUAUCUGUGCCCACAUGUCCUUCUGUCCUUCCUUCCUCCACUGUUCUUCCCUCCUUGGGAGAGGACUUUAUCAAAAGUCACAGGGUGGUGGCCAGAGGAGGGGGGGGGGAUCUGCAAAUCCCCCAUCAGGUGCCGGCGUAGCUGUCCCCAUUUGUCCACCCAACACAGAUCCUCAGGAAACCCACCACCGCCCAGGUGGCCCUGAGGGAGGCAUUCACCUAUACGUGUUAGAAAACAAAUAAUAAUAAUAACAUGACCGGAAAUCAAAGAUGUCAGAGUCCCGAAGCAGCUAAUGUAAUAAGCACUCAUGUUAUUAAAGGUUUUGCCUUGUCGUAAUCAA